AUGUAGAGGACAUAAUCAAAUGUUUCUAUUUUGAAUGCAUGGUUCAAUUUGGAGAAGGCUUUGAUUGAUGCUUAAGUGCCUGAAAAUGAGCAGGUUGCAAUAAUUUCAAGGCCACCUACAUCAAAGAUGAUGAGAGAUUAUUCAAAUUAUCACUCACAACAAAGGGCUUAAUCAUUAAGACCUUUGACUGGACUGACAAGACCUUCAACUGCAAUAACAAUGAAGAAGCCUGUUGAAUAUUAAGAGAAAACAGCAACAAUUUAAUAAUCUUAAAGAAAGAUUUUCAGAAAGAAAGUGAACCAAAGACCCUAUAAAAAGUAUGGUUUCGAUAACAUUCAUAUUCAAAAGGAAGAAUAGGAAGGGGAUAUUUCAGAAGAGGAACUGAAUUCAUCAACAGUUAUACACACUUUAGAUGUAGAUUAAAUAAUAGAUUUAUACAAUAGUAAGUGUAAAGAUCGUGAACUUGAAUAUUAACCAGAACAUGGUGUUCUAUUUAUCGAAAAGUUUAAGAAAUUAUGCAUAGAUGAGCAAUUCAUUUGUGAAGACAAUUAACUAGGUUUGGAGAGUGCCAAAACAAUCAGAGACAUCCUACUCUAUAACAAUCAUUUCUCUACUUUGAGAUUAGCAAGAAAUUCAAUAGGAGACGAAGGUCUUGUAGAGUUGUUAGAGAUGUUGAAAGUCAAUAACAAUAUAGUUCAUUUAGACUUAUCAAGUAACAAUUUAACAGCAGAUGGCGCUUUUUAUUUAUUUAAUGAGUUAGUCCCUUUACAUUCGAUUAUCUCUAUUGAAUUAUCAAGUAAAGAUGGUUUGAAUAGAAACAAAGUAUCUGUCAAAGGAUGUGAACCAAUUGAAACUAUUUUAAAAUACAAUCAUCCUCUUCAAUUUCUAGGUUUGAGAGGUACUUCAAUCUAGAAUGCAGGAUUUGAAUGCAUUCUAUCUGGAUUGUAAACAAACAAUACAUUAACCUACUUGAAUGUUUCUAACAAUGAUCUAAAUGAGGAAGCUUGCAAUUAUAUGGUUUAAUAUAUUUCAGUUUGUAAUCUGGUUGAAUUAGAUUUAAGUUACAAUCCUUUGGGUAAUAAUGGAAUGGACUAUUUGUCAAGGAUAUUUGAUAAAGGCAGUUUUAUGUUAAAAAAAUUAAAUUUGGCAGGAUGUGAAAUCAAAUCAUUAGGCAUUUUGAAAUUUUUUCAAAGUUUAUCUGUGAAUCGAUUUUUGGAAAAGUUGAUUUUAGAUGAAAAUCACUUUUCUGGAAAUGGAGUCAAUGAAAUUGAAAAUGUGUUGACAUCCAGAAUACCAUUGGCUUACCUAUCAAUGGCUAAAUGUAGUAUUAAUGCAACAGGAGCUGAGUUCAUAGGCAAUGGAGUAGAAAGAAAUAGAACACUUAAAACACUUAUAUUAAGGGAUAAUAGAUUGACUGAUGUAGGGGCUGAAUGUAUAUUUAAAGGACUAUUUUUUGAGAAGUUAGAUUUGAAGAGAUGCAAUCUUACUGAUAAAUGUGUACUGGGUUUAUGCAGUAUGAUUAAACAAAGUACUUAAUUAACAACGCUAUUGCUACCUGAUAAUGGGUUUCAUGAUUCUUCAGGAAUUGUAAUAUGUGAAGCUAUUAGAGUGAAUUCAUCAAUAUUAAAUUUAGAUAUAUGUGAAAACCCUUUGAGUUAUAAAUACAUUGAUUAAAUUAAUAAGGUUAUUGAAACCAAUAGAUUGAAAUAUGAAUUGGAUAGAGUUCCUAUGUAUAAAAGAGAGAUUGUUAAACUUAAUAACAUUAUCUAAUAAAAGCCAACUUUGGAAAAAGAUUAAAAUGAAAAUCAAUAAAAAAAAGCAAGAUCUCUUUAAACAUUGGAAAAAACAAUUGAAGAAAAAAACAGAGUUAAGAUUGAACAAAUAUAAAAGACUACUGACAUGGAUGCUAGAUUAAUAUAAAUAUAAUAAUAAUCAAGGUAAAUGGAUAUUGACAAAAUUAAAUUUGAUAAUGAAUCCAAUAUAUAUUUGAUUAAGAUGGAUGAUGAGAUGAAUGAGUAUCAAAAGAAAAUGUCUGAAUGUCAUUAAGUAAUUACUCGUUUAGAAAAAGAAAUAAGGGGUUUAAAGGAUUAGAGACAUGUUCGGAAGGGCCAAAUCGACUCUAGAUUGGAAAUGCUAAGACAAUUAAACAGAGCGGAAGAAAGAGCACUUUAGAGAGCAGAAAUUGAGAAAAAACAAUUAGAAGAAAGGAUAAAGGCCAUGCAAGGGAAGGAAUCCAUUACUAGUAGAAGGAAAACUAAGUAAUUGUCUUAAAUUAUUUAAUAAAAAUAAUGA